CUCUCAUCCUUUGCAAAGAUGGCAACCGAGGGGCUGCAAGAGAACGAGACCCUGGCAUCGCUGAAGAACGAGGCCGAGAGCCUCAAAGGCAAGCUGGAGGAGGAACGAGCCAAGCUGCACGAUGUGGAACUGCAUCAGGUGGCGGAACGCGUGGAGGCGUUGGGCCAGUUUGUGAUGAAGACGCGAAGGACGCUAAAAGGCCACGGCAAUAAAGUCCUCUGCAUGGACUGGUGCAAAGAUAAAAGAAGAAUUGUCAGCUCUUCCCAGGAUGGGAAGGUGAUAGUUUGGGACGCCUUCACCACCAAUAAGGAGCAUGCCGUGACGAUGCCUUGUACCUGGGUGAUGGCCUGUGCCUAUGCUCCAUCAGGAUGCGCCAUUGCUUGCGGCGGUCUAGACAACAAAUGCUCUGUAUAUCCACUGACCUUUGAGAAAAACGAGAAUAUGGCAGCCAAGAAGAAAUCGGUGGCCAUGCACACCAACUACCUGUCAGCUUGCAGCUUCACUAACUCAGACAUGCAGAUCUUGACCGCUAGUGGAGACGGCACUUGUGCGCUCUGGGAUGUCGAAAGCGGGCAGCUGCUGCAGAGUUUUCACGGCCACGGGGCGGAUGUCUUGUGCCUGGAUCUCGCUCCUUCAGAAACGGGGAACACCUUUGUGUCAGGGGGGUGUGAUAAAAAAGCCAUGGUCUGGGACAUGAGGACUGGCCAGUGUAUUCAAUCUUUCGAAACCCAUGAAUCAGACAUUAACAGCGUCAGGUACUACCCAAGUGGAGAUGCCUUUGCUUCCGGCUCCGAUGAUGCCACAUGCCGUUUAUAUGACCUCCGAGCGGACAGAGAAGUGGCCAUUUAUUCCAAAGAGAGCAUCAUCUUUGGUGCAUCCAGUGUGGACUUUUCUCUUAGCGGCCGCUUACUAUUUGCUGGUUACAAUGACUACACCAUCAACGUGUGGGACGUUCUAAAAGGCGCUCGUGUGUCUAUUUUGUUUGGCCAUGAGAAUCGCGUCUGCACUUUGAGGGUUUCGCCCGAUGGGACGGCGUUCUGCUCAGGAUCAUGGGAUCACACUCUUAGAAUCUGGGCUUAAUCCUCCGCGCUGUAUCCAAAUAUGCAUUAAAAUUGACAUCAUGGGAUAAAACAGCCACAUGAAAUCUCAGUUUUGGCGAGAGUCAAAACUGCAGCAAAGAUACGUAGUGCAACAAGGUGACAGUUAAAAGAUUAUUGAAUGCUACAUUGUCAGUGUUUAUCACGUUGUUGACCAAACACAAACACGACUAGCUAGAAAAGGUAAAUAUUCUUUUAUUAUACAAUGGGAGGGGGGUGAAAUCUAUGUGUGGUAUAUUAAUAAGCUGUUUUUAAUUCUUUUUUUGAAACUACCUUUUUUCUUAGAAAUAGUUUAAUAAUUCUAAAGCCAGACUUCUAUCGAAAAAACGUGUAAAACAGAAUUUAGUAUUUUAGUGCACAUUGUGUAUGUAAUAUACUUGCAUGAGAUUACAUUUCUUCCUAAAGUCAACUUGGAAAUAAAACAGACUCCAGCUUUUUAUCAGGGUAUCCGCAGGCUCAUUUGCACAUUCUGUAGAAGCAGCAAGAGAAAAAAAGGUCUAAGCGAUUCAGGAUUCCUCUUCCCAGCCUCUGGGAUCUUGUAUACCAUGGGGUGAACAAAGCCAAUGUUGAGCUGCAACUCCCAUCAUCCCCAACCACCAUGGCAUGAUGGGAGUU